AUGAAGUGUCCAAAGGGCAUGAUUUGCCUCUUGGGUAAUGGACUUCCAUAUUGCUCCACCACAUCGUCUACUACGGCGACAACAACCACAACUACCAAUCAACCGACCACGGGUGUGAUCACCACUACUGUGUCCACACAGUCCACUGUGGCCAGCACUGCGGCCAGCUCUGCCUCAGUGGCUUCUACUACUUUCACAACCACUGUGUCCACUCAGUCCACCGUUGCCAGUACUGUUGCCAGCACUGUGACCAGCUCUGCCUCAGUGGCCUCUACCACGGUCUCAACGACAGUAUCCACCCAGUCCACCGUUGCCAGUACUGUGGCCAGCACUGUUGCGGGAGUGUCUUCAACAACUGUGUCGACUACAGUUACCACCACGGCAUCAACUAUUGGAGCGGGUUCCACCAUCACUCAGACCACCUCAGCCUCGACGACUGUAACCACCACCGCCACGGCAACCUCCGCAACCGCUACAACAACGGUGACCACAACUUCUAUUCCCACUUCUUCUACAACAGUGACUACUACAACUGCCCCGACUAGUACCACUGCCAGCACCACCGUUACAACAACUGUAUCCACAACUGGAGCGGGUUCAACUAUCACUCAAACAACGUCUGCCACCACGACAGUUACCACGACAGCCACCGGUACUUCGGCAACGGCAACUACCACAGUUACGACAACCUCCAUCCCCACUUCCUCUACCACUGUAACAACAACUGGUGCCCCUACCACUGCCUCGACAACAGCGUCGACCACUGCUACUACCACUGGAGGUGUCUCUACCAUCACCCAAACCACAUCGGCUACAACGACCGCGACCAGUACUUCCCCCGUGACCUCUUCUGCUUCCACCACUGUGACAACAACAGCCAAUCCAACCUCCAGCACCACUGUCACAACCACUGCUACCAGUCCGGUGACAUCUAGUGCCACUGCAACUUCCCCUGUAACGUCUACAACUGUGUCCACUCAGUCGACUGUUGCUGGCAGCACUGUAGGUGGUCAGGCCUCAACAACCGUGUCCACUACUGCCACCACAACCGUUUCAACUACCGGCCCAGGCUCUACCAUCACUCAGACUACGUCGGCAACGACCACUGUCACCACUGCCCCGUCCACUACAGGUCCAAUAACAUCAACUGUGGCCUCUACUCAGUCCACUGUCGCCAGCUCCACAGUCAAACCCACCACUGGACCAACCUCGACCACUGUGACCACCACUGCCACAACUACCGGCCCAGCCUCCACCAUCACUCAGACAACCUCGGCAACUACAACUGCGACUACCACCGUAUCCACCUCCGCCAGCACCACGGUGACCACAACUGGCGCUGCAUCUACCAUCACUCAAACUACCUCGGCAACUACCACCGUCACCACUGCUGGUACCGCCUCGGCUACAGGACCAAUUACAUCAACUGUUGUCACUACUACAGUUUCCACGCAGUCCACUGUUGCCAGUACAGUUGCCAGCACUGUAUCCGGUGUAACAGCAUCCACUACCGCCACUGCCUCUGGUACAGCUACCGCCACAGCACCAAUAACUUCAACGGUUGCCUCUACCACAGUAUCUACGCAGUCCACUGUCGCCAGCACAGUUGCAAGCACCACUUUGAAACCAACAACUGGUCCAACUUCGACGACAGUUUCCACCACUGCCACCACAACAUCGACAUCAGGACCAACCUCGACCACUGUGUCUACCAUAGCGACCACCACUGCCACCACAACGAGCCCUGCUUCCACCAUUACCCAGACGACAUCGGCAUCAACCACUGUGACGACCACUGCUCCAGCUACGGCCUCAACAACUGGACCAAUAACAUCAACUGCUGCCUCUACCACUGUGACCACCACUGCCACUACAACUAGCCCUGCCUCCACUAUCACUCAGACAACCUCGGCAACUACAACCGUGACCACUGCAUCUGGUACUGCCUCGACAACUGGACCAAUAACAUCAACUGUUGCCUCUACCACAGUUUCCACGCAGUCAACUGUUGCCAGUACUGUUGCCAGCACUGUUGCUGGUGUAACCUCGACCACAGUAUCUACGACAGCCACAACCACUGCCACAACAACAAGCCCUGCCUCGACCAUCACCCAGUCUACCUCGGCGUCGACAACUGUGACGACCACUGCUCCAGCUACGGCAUCAACAACCGGACCAAUAACAUCAACUGUUGCAUCUACCACGGUCUCCACUCAGUCAACUGUUGCCAGCACAGUGGCCAGCACUACUGUUCGCCCAACAACUGGACCAACGUCGACCUCGGCAACUACUACUGUCACAACAACUGCCUCCACAACUGGUCCCGCGUCAACAAUCACCCAAACCACAUCGGCAACAACAACAGUCACUACCACAUCCCCUCCCACCACUGGUCCAGCUACCACAACCUCCUCCCCAACUACUACAUCAAGUCCAACAGCCACAACCUCAAGCCCAACAACCUCGAACCCUACUGCCACAACUUCAACUCCAAUCACAACUUCGAACCCAACAACUUCGAACCCAACAACUUCGAACCCAACAACUUCGAACCCAACUACCUCGAACCCAACAACCUCGACCCCUGUCACCACUUCUACUCCGACUACCACCGGCGUUACCACAUCAUCUACACUGUUCGCAAUCAAGGGUUCGAUCUGGAAUGAUACCGAUAACUUUGAUGGCAAGUUGGACACAUCCAAGCCAUUCGGUCCAGUCAAGAUGACUCUGACCAGGAAGUCUGAUGGCUCUGUUGUUGCGGAACUUCCAGCUGCUACCGGUGAUUAUCAGUUCUCUGGUCUUUAUCCAGGUGAGUACUGUGUCACAGUGUCCAAUGCCCCGGCCCAAUACUACCCCACCCUCAACAAGGGCGACAACAAGUUCGACAUCAACUCUAAGCAAUUCUGCCUCACCCUCACCAACGCCAAUGAGGACGACGCUCAUCUUGGUAUGCUCAAGCAAUACAAGACCCUCAUCUCAUCAUUCGACGACACUGCUGUCCAAGAAGGAAGGUUCUCUGACCGUAAGGGCUUUUCACCAUUCUUUAAUUCAUCAUGGAGCUAUGGCGAUGGAACUCCCAUUAUCUACACACAUGUGGGUACUUCCGAAAGCAUCUACCUACUCAUCCCCGCCAACAAGCCGCAUAAUAUCUGUUUCUACAUCAAGGCCAGUGGCUACGAACCCCUGGGCAAGGUGCAGAAUGACAACAUCUUUGACACUGAUGGCAAGCACUGCCAGAUCAUUGACAAGGAUGGCAUUAACCUCGGUGCUGCAUUUGUCAAGGGCCUCAAGAUCAGUGGAUUCAUUUGGGAUGACACCAUGGCUUUUGAUGGAAAGCUCGACAAGUCCAAGCCAUUCGGACCAGUCUCAAUGAAGCUCAUCAAGUCAUCGGACAACUCUCUUGUGUCUGAAAAGACUGCUACUGGACCAUAUCAAUUCCUUGGUUUGGAAGCUGGCGACUACUGUAUAAUCGAGUCUUAUGCUGCCGGAGGUUAUGCACCCACCUACAACACUGGUGAUAACAAGUUUGGUGUCUACUCCGCUAGAUAUUGCCUCAAGUUGACCGAGAAUGUUGUUGACGCUCAUCUGGGCAUGAACAAGAUAUACAUCUUCUCCAUUGGUGCAUUCGAUGAUUCGAAGGUGCAGCAAGGCAAGCUUUCCGACGCCGGUCCCAAGAUACCAGGAUUCAAUACAUCAUGGAGCUAUGGUGAUGGAACACCAUUGGUCUGGACAUACUUUACCGUUCAAACAUCGAUGUACUAUUACAUCCCAGUCAACAAGCCACCUGUCUGUUUCUAUGUCUCAGCUCCUGGAUACCUCCCACUUGGCAAGAUACUGAAUGACAACAUCUUUGACGAUAAUGGCAAGGCCUGUUUGACCGUCGACAAGGAUAUGACGGUGUAUGCCGCAUUUGUCAAGGGCCUCAAGAUCAGUGGAUUCAUUUGGGAUGACACCAUGGCUUUUGAUGGAAAGCUCGACAAGUCCAAGCCAUUCGGACCGGUCUCAAUGAAGCUCAUCAAAUCAUCGGACAACUCUCUCGUGUCAGAACAGAAUGCAACUGGACCAUAUCAAUUCCUUGGUUUGGAAGCUGGCGACUACUGUAUAAUCGAGUCUUAUGCUGCCGGAGGUUAUGCACCCACCUACAACUCUGGUGACAACAAGUUUGGCGUGUACUCCGCAAGAUAUUGCCUCAAGUUGACCGACAGUGUUGAAGACGCUCAUCUGGGCAUGAACAAGAUAUUCAUCCUAUCCAUUGGUGCAUUCGAUGAUACGAAGGUGCAACAAGGCAAGCUUUCCGAUGCUGGUCCCAAGAUACCAGGAUUCAAUACAUCAUGGAGCUAUGGUGAUGGAACACCAUUGGUCUGGACAUACUUUACCGUUCAAACAUCGAUGUUCUAUUAUAUCCCAGUCAACAAGCCACCUGUCUGUUUCUACGUUUCAGCUCCUGGAUACCUCCCACUUGGCUUGGUGCAGAAUGACAACAACUUUGACAAAGAUGGCAAGGCCUGUUUGACAGUCGACAAGAAUAAGUUGAUUAAUGCUGCAUUCGUUAAAGGAAUCGAUGUAGGUGGCAACAUUUGGGAUGACACGACCAAGAAUGAUGGCAAGGUAGACACAACCAAGCCAUUUGGUCCAGUCAAGAUGUCGCUUACCAAGAAGUCUGACAACACUGUGGUUGAUUCGAUUGCGUCAGCAACGGGCUCGUACAAGUUCUCAAUGUUGCGUGCUGGUGACUACUGUCUCACCGAGACCUACGCCGCCGGAGGCUACUGGCCCACCAUCAAUGCCGGUGACAACAAGUUUAAUAUCGACGGAAAGUACUGCUUCACGAUCUUCAACACUGACAUGACCGAUGCUCAUCUGGGAGUGCUCAAGAGAUGGAAGGUCGCUGGAACCGUCUGGGAUGACACCGCAGACAAGACUGGAAAGCUUGACGCCUCCAAACCAGUUCCACUUUUCGAUUUGACCAAGACCGAGGCCGAUGGCAGCAGCAACCCUAUUUCUACCCCGGGCAUCACUACAGGAGGUUACUACGUUCUCAUGCCCACUGAUCAACCCAGCAAGAUUUGUAUCCAUACCAAGGCGGCCGGAUACUACCAAUUUGGCAAGAUACAAAAUGACAACAAGUUCGACUUGACUGGCAAGUACUGUUUGACUGUUGACAAGGAUAUCCUGGAUGCUCAUGAUGCCAUGAUCAAGGGUCCGACUUUCCAGGUUAGGGGCAAGAUUUGGGAUGAUACUUCCGCGUAUGAUGGCAAACUCGACACCAACAAACCAUUCGGUCCAAUGAGGAUGCAGAUAUUCACCAAGGCAGACAGGUUCCUUUUGGCCACCAUCACUCCAGAUCCCUCAUCAGAGUAUUGGUUCCAUGAUGCCCCUCCAGGAGACUACUGCAUCAAGGCCACCUACCUCGCAGGAGGCUAUUGGCCAACUGACAAGCCCGGUGACAACAAGUACAACUUUGAGGGAGAGUACUGCUUCACCAUUGUCGACGCAGAUAUCACCAAUGCUCAUCUUGGCAUGAUGAAGAGAUUCAAGUUACAAGGAUAUGUUUGGGACAACACCGCCACUAAGGAUGGAGUCCUCGACCUCACCAAGAGGCUCGCAGCAUUCAACAUGACCAGGACCGAUGGCGAUGGAGUGACCAAUCCUCUUACAUCCAACAACCUUAGCGGUGGUUAUUACGUCUUCCUCCCCACCACCCCAGCCAAGGAUGUCUGUAUCAUUAUCACAGCUAAUGGCUACACUCAACUUGGCAAGGUACAGAAUGACAACAAGUUUGACAGCAACGGAAAGUACUGUGUGACCGUUGACAAGGACAUCUUGAAUGGACAUGAUGCUAUGAUCACCCAAUGA